AUGUGUGGACACGUCAACACCAUAGUCAACCACAUCUCCGCCAUCCACUCCAAGGACACAAUAUGUGUUCUUAAAGACCUCCCUAAUAACGAAGAGUGGCUUGCUAUCCCUAAUGAUGUCCCAAAUAUCACAGAGGACUCGGAGGAUAGCUACUGGCCAAACCUAGAGGCCAGUAUUGAUAACGAUAAGAUCAAGUUCAAGGACGUCUCCAUCGAGUGCGUCGUCUGCCGGACCGACGUGACGAUCUUCCCGAAAGAUCAUGUCGUCGACGAAGAAGUUGGCGAGAGCCACAGGGCCGUCAUCCUCCCCUGCGGCCACAUCUUUGGCGCCUCGUGCGUCAAGCAGUACUUCGACAUGAAGACUGAGCAGCGACAGCCCGCGUCCUGCAUCAAGUGUCGGGCCGCGUGCUACCACCCUGCCUGCGGACAUCCCUUCUACGGGGAGCCCGUGCCUUGUAGUAUACCUCGCAUGGCGUUCACCCCGCAUGUCGUGGGCAAGGGUGGUAGCAUCGACGAGCGGUGCAGGUUUUGCACCAUCCAAAAAGUAGGGCUUGACAUCCUUCUUGAGGUCAAGCGGGCACCAGACCGCCCCAAGACUGUGGACGAAUUCUUGGGCGUUGUCCUCAAGAUCGAUGGUAAGUCCUAUACGGACAAAGCUUGUGCCGAUGGGCUUCGCCGCGGGUCCCUGGAGCGGGUGUACUUCCCCUCCUCGGUGGCCGACCUCAUGGAAGGCUACCUAGACCGACUGGAGGAGAAAGAAGACGGCCAAGAUUACUGGAUGAGUGGUCGCCUCGGCCAGUUCGGGGUCGAGCUAUAUGUCCACAAACAACAGGACUAG